AUGUUCUCCCUCUCCUACACAGUCAAAGAGGAACAGUUUUAUGGUACGUUUCCAAAUAGAACAGUGAAAGUCUUUAUGCUCUUGCACAUGGAGUCAUGUACUCCACCAGUACAAUUUACCCUACAAGAAAUUCCUGGGUAUGUUGGGGUUAGGAUUGAAAUUGGGAAAAUUUGUGUUGGGAUUAGAUUGUUAGGCUUAUGGUUGAAACUAUGAGGGAAAUUAGGGCACGAAAAUAGGCUAUCCCAUAUAAUGCUAUGCAGGAUCACUUUUUUCGAACAGGUUUUUUUUAUUUAAAGACGUGUCUAUCUAACUGCAAACAGGGCUCAUAUAUUUUUUGAAAUGCUUCCCUUUUUAUGGUGGGUGACUGAAAUUCUCCAAUUUCUAAUUUCUUAAUUCUUGACAGAAGAUAUAAGAGCAAAUACAUAAAAUUACGGAGGAAUGUGCCUAUUCUAGGUCGAAACAUAAAUUGCACGGCUUCUCUCGAAAUGGAAAGAACCUAAUUGAACGAGUACCUAAAGCAGCCUCUACAAGUAGCAGAAAUUUGUCCGAAAACAUUAUUUUUGAAAUUUCUUUCUCCUUUGGUAUACGAAAUAGCAGAAUAUUCAUUCAGGAAAAUCAAGUCCGCAUUUGUCUAAAACGUAUGGAUUCCUCACAUUAUAAAGCAAAUAUAAUCUCUUUUAGAGGGAACUUUCCAUGGUAUGAUCACCGGUCUUAUAUAAAUGGAUAUGUUUUAUACUAUUCGACGUAUUGGAACAUAAUAUUCCUACAAGACCAAGUAGUCCUUAUCUUCAGUAUUUUUAAUCACUGUUAACGAUGACUAACCAAUUGCCUCUGCUCUGCUUUUGUUUCUAGCUGACUUUUCACUUGUUUUGAGUUUUUCAAAGACUUAAAAAAUAUGUUCAUUUUUGUAAUGCAGUCCACGGCAGCACGGCUUUCACAACCACACGUAUGAUUUCCGUGAAAAUUCAUUGCUUUCUAAUUUUCGCUGUACCUUGUAGAAAUAAAUGGCCUUGAUUUUUUUGCAAAUUUGAAAAUUAAAUUAGUUUUGACUAAAAAUUUAUUAUGCACAUUUAUGAAGUAAAGAUACUACAAAUCUGAUUUUAUAUUCAACACUAAAGCAGCAAUUAAUUAUGAAUUCUUACCUAUUUAACAGCGAGUUGCUUGAAUAUAACAAACGAAAUCCGGUCACUUUUAUUAAACGUCAAGAAAACAUCUUAUUAAUGUUUACAUACUUUUGCGAAAUAACUAAGAGACAUAGAGUUUAUAGUUCGAUUGUCAAGGAGGUUUCGGUGGUUUUCUGGAGCAACCUCGGGAUAACUAAUGUUUUCCGGCAAAAAACAAAGUGUUUUGCUCCUGUUGGGUGCCGAAUAGCAUUUCGCGGCAUUUUCAUUCGGCAGUCUGUAAGGGGUUCAUUUGAGCAUAUGACAGACAAUUAAAAAAUUUUAAGAAGACUUGAUUCCAGAGUCAGCAUAAGCAGAGUAUUUUUCUUGUCUUACAGAUGAACUUAGAUGUCCCACUAACAGUACUAGCAUAACUUCAACGAAAAGAACUCCAGUUUUUCUAUUAUGGUGUUUUACCCUGCUUAGCAAGCGGUGACGAUGUGCAUAUUUUGUUUCGUCUAGAACGCUUCAUGUACCAUCAGAUGGAUGGUUUAAUAAGCGACAAUGAAGUUAUGCUCUACUUUAUCGUGGACACAAAGCAGACAAACAUUACAAGUGUACGUUGCUAUCAAGUGUUUGCCGUUUUUUGUUUUUUUUGCUUAAAUAAAAUCGCUUUAAUUUUCUUAUUUGUCAAAAACCUUCACAGCAAGUAGCCUUGCCUCCGUAAUAUGCAUCUCAGUCUUUCUUGCUUGCUCAGUAUUUCAACUUUAAACGGCAUACAACAAGCACUGUUUUGUUGAAAAUCAUCCGCAGUUUUGUUGUAGGACUUUCUCUUAUUGUCAUUUUAAAAGCCUAAACGUGCUGCAGCCAUCCAUAUCAUAAAUACUGUGCCUUCAGAAUAGGAACAGGAUGUUUCCGUUGUCUAAUCGAGAAUCAGGCAUCCUUGACUUUGCACUCUUUUCUCUUGGAAUUACGUCCAGUUAUUUAAAUGAAGAUCGUGCUACGUGCACUACCGCAUAUUUUCUCCCGAUCUGCGCAUGAAUUUGUCAUUCCCUCUCCUUAGGAUCACGGAGGAGUUUUUGCAACUAAUACUACUGACUAUGUUCAAUGAAACUGAAUGCUUUGUCAGAGGAUAAUAAUGGAGGCCCAUUUCUCCUAGGCUAAUUUCUUAUCUCUAAUCUAACAGGUCCUCUUACUUAUGGCGUUCCGAUGCGUGUGGACAAUGCAGAAUAGGUUGCAAGGGCGGUCUUAGGUUGACGAAUUUCACCCGGAACGGUAUUUGGAAGCUCGAUAUUUUUAGCCUGACGCAAUUUGGCUAUUUCUCGUCAGCAUAAAAAGCACACCUGCAAGACUGCCCGCAUGCUCACAAUCGCACAGGUGACGAUCCCGAAAUUUUUAGAGAAAGUCUCAGCCUGGCAUCAUCACGAUUUACUUUGCUGCCCCGCAUGGUUUUUAAACUGAGAAGACGGCUACAGAUUUUGGAAAGAUUGUUUGGGCUGAGAGUUGGACAAUUGCUAUCUUCUUUGUUUGAUUAAAGAGAAAAGUCGCAGGUGUGAAAACCUCCAGAUUCUAAUCUAGGAAUCCUGUGACAUCGGACAUCGCGAGAGGUAUUACCAUGGGGCUGUAGCGUCUAGAGUAGUGAGUGUACCCAGAACGCUAUAGUGAGCACGACCCAGUUCCUCUUAAGAGAAGGCGAAGGAGGAGGAGGUGGAGGAGGAGGAGGAGGAGGAGGCGGCGGAGGCGGAGGCGGCGGCGGGCACCGGUGGAAGUUAUGUAUUAUGUGCAGAAACUCAGUGGUGGUCAGAGCCCCCAACCGCGGCCGACUGUGAGCCUGCACGUGCGUCCGUCCUCCACAAUUAUGUGGGCGUGACUGCAUAA